AUGCAGUGGAACAUAAGCUUCCGUGAGUUUGACGUAAUCGAUAACACGACGUUUGACAAUGAGGGCUCAGGAGCCUUUCCACCGUGGAUGUUCACGCUGUUUAUGCCUGCUUUCUACGGAGUUGUCUGCAUCAGUGGAAUCGUUGGUAACGGCGUCGUUAUAUACGUACUUGUGAAGUACAAAAUUAUGCAUACUGUACCGGGCGCUUAUAUAUUGAACCUGGCCUCGACUGAUUUCUUGUUUCUGCUUGGAUUACCUUUCCUUGGUUACUUUAAUAUUACAAGGAAGUGGGUGUUCGGUGACAGUCUGUGUCGACUGAUUAUGGGUAUAGAUGGCAUGAACAUGUUGACGGGCAUCUUCACCUUGACUGCGAUGAGUGUUGAUCGAUACUUGGCAAUAGUCCAUCCAGUGUGGUCCAAGACUCAUAGAACAGUGACAAAGGCAAGAUUCAUCUGCUUAUUAACAUGGACGUUGUCGGCGAUUAUAACGAUUCCUCUUUGGCUGUAUGCAAAAACGCAGUCGUUUUUUGGAGUGACGGUUUGCAAUAUCAUCUGUCCGAAUCUUUCCAAACGUAUAUUUAUCAUUUGCUCGUUUUGUCUCGGUUUUGCAUUGCCUCUCAUGGUCGUGUUGGUCGCAUACACCAAUAUUAUCCAUUUUUUGAAAAUUGGAAAUAGGCGUAACCGUCGCCAGUUUAAAUUAGGUAGAGUAGGUGUGAUGAUUCUUCUAGCAAUUCUUCUAUUCGUGUUAUGCUGGCUACCUUUCUGGGUAUCACAACUGAUGGUUGUAGCAACACAUGGUCAUGUAUCGAGACCGAGAGCGCUUAAGAUUGCAUAUUUUUGCAGUCCCUUCUUAAGUUACACCAACAGUUGCCUUAACCCUAUCGUUUACACGUAUGUAAGAAGUGACUUUCGUCGCAGCGUUGCAAAAUUGUUUGGACAAGAUCAGAGAAAACCCCCUAAACUUGAAAUAAAUGGGAGAAGCGUCAAUGGUAGCACAAGUAAUAUGAAUAUGCAGCUAUCCAAAUUUACAACAGACAAGCCUUCUGUGACAGUAACGGUUUUUAAUCAAGAUCCUCACAUUGACCGGUUGUAA